GCUUCCGCCGGACGGGUAUAUAGAGUCCGGGACGGGGCGGCGGCGGAGCCGGAGGACGGCGACAGCUGGGUGGCGGGCCGCAGGCGGGGGCCAUGGGCAAAGACUACUACCAGAUCCUGGGCCUGGCCCGCGGCGCGUCGGACGAGGAGAUCAAGCGGGCCUACCGCCGCCAGGCGCUGCGCUACCACCCGGACAAGAACAAGGAGCCCGGCGCCGAGGAGAAGUUCAAGGAGAUCGCCGAGGCCUACGACGUGCUCAGUGACCCGCGCAAGCGCGAGAUCUUCGACCGCUACGGAGAGGAAGGUGCGUGCGCGCGCGCGCGCGGCCGGGGGCGCGUCCCGCCGUUUGACAGGCGGGGAAACCGAGGCACGCCGGCAGCACGCUGCCGGCCCCUCCCAGGGGGACUUCUCGGGCCCGGGUGCCGAGCAGCCUCCGAGCUUCGGCCGCGCGGGCCUCCGCCCUCGGAUUGGCGGCGGCCCGAUGAGGGGAGGAGCCCUGGCCGCGUAACUCGCGCAGAAGCUUCUAGCAUGUCUGGGGCUGCCCCUCCCAGGGCGCCUCCUCCCACGUCCGGGAGCGGCCCCGGGGUGCGGUGCGGACGGCGAGGGGGACGGGGACGGCUGGGCUGAGUGUGGAGAGCCUCGGGCUCACCUGGGCUCGGCCGCCAGGGGCUGCAGGGCGGGGCCUCGGGCACAACCUGCGGGGAGUGAGGGAGGCUGCGGACGGGGCGCCGGUCUCUCGCGGGCCCUGCAGGGUGCAGUGAGGUAAUCCCUGGGAGGCGAUUACCUACCCCGGUGCCAGCACGCAGAAGGCAGCGGCGCCGAUCGCGGCCCUCCAGGUGCAGGGGGCGGCGCGCCCGCCUCUGCCCGGCCCCACCAGGGUGGCCCUCCCGAAGGAAAGGAAGCGAGGCUUUCUUGUCCAGUUGCCCGUUGAUGACUCAGACUGGCUUCUGGGCCUGAUCUUAAGAAAUGAGCUGACUUUUUAGGCCUGAAGGGUGGUGGCCCCAGUGGUGGUAGCAGCGGUGGUGCUAACGGUACCUCUUUCAGCUACACAUUCCAUGGAGACCCUCAUGCCAUGUUCGCUGAGCUCUUCGGUGGCAGAAAUCCCUUUGACACCUUUUUUGGGCAGCGGAAUGGGGAGGAAGGCAUGGACAUUGAUGACCCAUUCUCUGGCUUCCCCAUGGGCAUGGGUGGCUUCCCCAACAUGAACUUUGGACGCUCCCGCUCUGCCCAAGAACCCACCCGAAAGAAGCAAGAUCCCCCCGUCACCCACGACCUUAGGGUCUCCCUUGAAGAGAUCUACAACGGCUGCACCAAGAAGAUGAAAAUCUCCCACAAGCGGCUGAACCCUGAUGGAAAGAGCAUUCGAAAUGAAGACAAAAUCUUGACCAUCGAAGUGAAAAAGGGGUGGAAAGAAGGGACCAAGAUCACCUUCCCCAAGGAAGGAGACCAGACCUCCAACAACAUUCCAGCUGACAUCGUCUUUGUUUUAAAGGACAAGCCACACAAUAUCUUCAAGAGAGAUGGUUCUGAUGUCAUUUAUCCUGCCCGAAUCAGCCUGCGGGAGGCUCUGUGUGGGUGCACAGUGAACGUCCCUACUCUGGAGGGCAAGACCAUACCCGUUGUAUUCAAAGAUGUCAUCAGGCCUGGCAUGCGGCGAAAAGUUCCUGGAGAAGGCCUUCCCCUCCCCAAAACUCCUGAGAAACGGGGGGACCUCAUUAUUGAGUUUGAAGUGAUCUUCCCGGAAAGGAUUCCCCAGACAUCAAGAACCGUACUUGAGCAGGUCCUUCCGAUAUAGCUGCCUGCAUUCCCCAAGGACUGACCAGGGACCUUUCCAGAGCUCAAGGAUUUCUGGACCGUUCUGCCAGUUGCGAACCAUGAGAGGGCGGGAGGGCCCAGGGAGUGCUUUCGUACUGCUGAAUGUUUUCCAGAGAAUAUAUUACAAUCUUUCAAAGUCGCACACUAGACUUAAGUGGUUUUUCGAACAAUAGGGAGCAGACAGUGGGACCAGCAGGAAAAGGCAUUCCAGUCUGCCCCACUGGGUCCUACAGCCCUCCCAGGAGGGGCCCACGCCCUCCUUCUCCAGUCCCCACCCAGGGGCAAGAGGCAGACCAGCAGCUGGACUUGAUCCCUCUCUUUGUAGCGGCGUCGACCUGCUGUCUCAGUUGCCAGACCCUUGUACACACUUGGUUUCUGUUGUGUGAUCAGUUUGUGUUUUGUUCUGUAUUUGACUCCCACGUCUUGUUCUUCCCUUGAAGAAUCCUGUCUUCUCUUUGGCCAUCUCAAAUUGAGAACCUAAACUUAUUUCUGCAGAACUGCCUGGCCAGCGCCCACAAGCAAUACCUCUUGUUCCUGCAGGACCAAGGGAGCCAGUCUCCAGUGAGACGCACGGCCCCCUCUCCCUCAGGGGUCUGGGAGCUUGGCUAAAGCAGGGGGACCUCCUGACUUCUGGCUCUGGUGCGACUGAAUGUGCUCACUUAUGGGCCACACUCUUUCCUUUUCUGUAAGGCAAUCUUUGGGCACACCUGUGGCUUACUGGUGGCCCAGGUAAAUUUUUUUGUCUCAUGGACUCUGGACUUCUUCAAAGGGAUCUGAUCCUUUUGAAUUUUGCACAGCCCUAGAUAUAAUCCCUUUUGAUAAAAGGGUCUUUGCUUCUGAUUACAGGAGCACUGUGGAACGUCUGUAAAUAUGUUUUUAUAAUUCCAUGUAAAAUCGGUGUGCACUCAAAUGAAACCAGUCCACGCAGCCGCUGCUCUCUGUAUUAGGGCCGUGGGGAAUUCAGAAGAAACCUUGCGGGGAGGGGGUUGGAACAAAUGUCCGUUCCCUGGAGGCUGGUCUGGUGCUCAGACCUUUAGAUUCAUUGUAAGUUGCCACUGCCAAUAUGAGACCAAAGUGUGUGACUUGUCAGUACGCAGCGUGACAGCAUUAAAGACUGAUGCUAAACCUCA